GACUGGAAUCCGCUCACAGCCUUCGUGCAUCCGGAAGUCUACUUCCGAGUGGCCACGUUGCCCUUCGAGUUGGAUUCCAUGGCCCCGAAUGCUCAUAAGACCAACUGCCGUGAUGAAGAGAAUCGCACACCCAUGAAGGUCCUCUUCGAGCAGAUGGGACCCACUGCAGCGGAGCGCUGGCAGAACUACACUUGGCCCAGGCUACUGGAUGCCGUUCGCGCAGCUUUGCUGGCCACACGACCGGCCAUGUACUCGGACAAGCCGAAGAUGUCGUCGCCUUCGGCAUUUGAGCUCUUUGGGCUGGACUUCGGCCUUGACGACAGCUGGAGACCGUGGUUGUUCGAGAUCAACACUUCUCCUUGUAUGCUGGAUGACUGCAAGGGUGACUACGAAGAGGAGAUCAAGAAUUGGGCCUGGGAGGCAACAGACUCUCUCCUGCGCCUGUCAUUAGCUUACCACGAUGGCUGGCAGCCGCCUGCCCAUGCUGAGCUCUUGAACCUUCGUGCGAGCCCUCGAGGCCGCGAUUCCCGACUGUUUGGCGAGGAGACGCAGUGUCCGAACUGCCUCGGUGCCGCCGUGAAUGCUGUGCCGGAGUGCCUGGUCUCUGGCUUGAGUUUGGGGGAUCCUUGUGGACGAUGGCGCUUGAUCCUCCGCGAGAAGGGCUUGGAUGACGCGACUCUGAGGCAGUCGCGCGAGACGUUGAUGAGGCGGAUCUACCAGGGCAUGUCCACCAGAGAAGCAAGCGUGAGCCGAUU